CCCUUUGCUUUCCCCCCCCCCCCCUCCAAAUAGGAAACGGAAACGAGAAUACCCCACCGAAAUCGUCAAGCUAGAAGCAAACAACAUGUCAACCAACUCCAAGGCGAUCCCUCUUCCAAGCAGACGUGCUGAACCUGGCACGCCUAUCCCCUUGGAUUAUGGCACCACCCCCGGCGGCACCAUCUAUUCGAGCACUCCGGGAGGAACUCGAAUCAUUUACGAUCGUAACACGCUGUUGAGCCUGCGCAACUCGCCCCUGUCGCGCACCCCUCCUGCAAAGCUCGCCUAUGUUGCAGGAGUGACCGGAGCCAGCCUGCCUCACCAGGCUGGCAGCCACCACAACCGAUCGCACCUCAAUGUUGAGACUCAUGAUUCGGGCUCGGAUUCAGACUCGGAUUCGGACGAGGAGAAGCGCAAGGCCAUUGCCAAGGCUCAGGAGGAUGAGGACGCCAAAGCUCAUGCCGUCGCUUCAAAGGACAUCAAGGACGGGCAACUGUUCGACAUGGAUAUGGAGUAGAGAGGACUAUGUUCUUCUAGGUUAGAAGGCAUAAAAAACACAAAAAAAAAAAUACAGAGCGUGGUUGCCCUGUAAAAAAUCACACAUGAUAUCAUUCAUGUUUGCUGCUGGACAUUCAGUUAGAUCUUUUAAUAUGAACAGAAAAAAAUCAAAAUGGACAAAAAAAAAAAAAAA